AUGGGGGCCGGGAACGGGAGCGUGAACGGGGAACGGGAACGGGGCCAGGAAGGGGAAUGGGGGCAGGAACAGGAACGGAAUGGGGAUGGGAAUGGGGCCAGGAAGGGGGAUGGGAAUGGGAACGGGAACAGGAACGGAACGAGAAUGGGGAAUGGGAAUGGGAACGGAACAGGAACGGGAACAGAACGGGAAUGGGGGAGGGAACGGGAGCGGGAACCGGGCCGGGAACGGGGAAACGGGAACGGGGGUGGGAACGGAGCCAGAAUCGGGGUGGGGAUCGGGGCUCGGCCGGGGCUCCGUGGCUGGCGGGUGGUGCUGAGGGGUCCCCUCCAUGUCCCCGCCGUGUCCCCGCCGUGUCCCGCAGGCGCCUGGAGCGAGUGGCCCGUGGAUCACCUGCUGCGCUCCGGGCACAUCGCGGUCAGGGACGGGGCUGCCGUGCGCUGGUUCCACGCUGCCAACAGCCGGGCCCGGGCGGCGGAGGCGGCGCGGAGUGAUGUGCAUAUGGUCGAGGCGGAUGUUCUGCUCCGGGCAGGGAGUGGGGUCCCCAUCCUGGCUCACCCCCCAGACACUGACAGUGACAUCACCCUGCAGGAGUGGCUGGCASAGAUGGCCAGCACCGAUAAAGGCAUCAAGCUGGAUUUUAAGAGCCUGGACGCCGUGGGACCAUCACUGGAGCUGCUGGGGGAGAUGGGACAUUGCCUGGACAGACCCGUGUGGCUCAACGGGGACAUCCUGCCCGGACCCCACGCCAGCCACGCUCCGCUGGAUGCCCGCGCCUUCCUGGCCACUGUCACCUCGUCCUGCCCCGAGGCCACCCUGUCCCUGGGCUGGACCACGGGCUGCCACCAAGGGCAAGGCUACGAGUGGCCCAUGGUGCAGGACAUGUCCCGGCUGUGCCACUCGCUGUCCCAGCCCGUCACCUUCCCGGUGCGCGCCGCGCUGGUGCCCGGCUCCAUCCCGCAGCUCCAGUGGCUGCUGCAGCAGUCCCACAGAUACAGCCUCACUGUUUGGACAGGAAAGGAAGACCUGUAUUCUGUAGAAGACUUGCUUUUCAUCCGAGAGAACUUUGAUAAAAGUAGGGUCUAUUAUGAUAUUUUUGAGCCACAAAAUACUGMAUUCAAAAAAGCCAUUGGAAUAGAAAGGUAAAUGCAAAGCAGGCAGUGCCUGACCUUGUAACACUUUAUAUUGCAAACCCCUUUAAACGUGAGGGUUUCUUGUUCAGAGAGAUGCAUUUCACUUUCCAGAAGGAUUGUACCCCUGCARCUCCCAGGGCAGGGCUUCACAAAUUCUCCAAAGUGGAAAUUUCCUCCCAAAAAAAGCUAAAACCCUGCUAACCACCUGCAGGAAGAGCCUGACUUGGUUCAUUUGAACCAUUUGUUGCCUGUUUUGCUUCUGCAUCCCCCAAAAUUGACACAGACUGAGACACYCGCUCUGUGGGAUCGGCUUCUGCCACACACCGUGAAUGAUACAAUAAAAACCAAAGGUUUYUUCCACGAUGGCAGGGGACUUUUUAACCUCUGAAUAAAAGCUGGUGCUGUGAAGGGCAUUACUCUGUCAAUACCUUGUCCUUUUCCCCGUCCCUCUCCUGUGGGUCCUGUGGGAGUUUUGUCAAUUCAGGUAUUGUACACAACAUUUUACAGGCUGUUAGUACCAAAGUAAUUUGCAGCCAUUUUUGGUUGUUUUGUGGCAUUGGAACAGCUGUGAUAGAGAAGUGAGUUACAUUUCAUAAUGCUAAAUCUUGAAAUAGAGUGAUUUCACAGAGCCAUUGAUAUUCAAGACUCCCUGUUGCCUUUGAGAGAUUUAUCUAAUAAUGGUUUUCUGUUAUUGAGGAGUAGAGCUUUCCUCCUCAUUUUUGUCAUCUAUUAAGAUAUGCUUAACUAAAAUUAGGAAAUAUUUUUCUGCAUAAAGAAGAAAACUACAUGAUUAUACUAAUAAUAACCAAACAGACUUAUUUUAAUUUGCAGCAGCAGGCGAAGUGAGUGGCAGUAACCACAAAGGGUCAGGCUUGGCUGUGUGAUUUCUGUAGUGAGUUUGGAGAAAUUAUUUAUUUUCCAGCUGUAGUUUGUUGCAGGCAGUUGCAUUCAUUGAUUUAAGGGAUCUCAUCUCUCAUUAGAAAGGCCUUUUUGGGUCCACAGGGACAAAUUUUUCUGUGUUUUAGAAAUCUUCUUUAGAAAUCUGUGUUUAGAAAUCUUUAGAAACAAGUUCCCACAUGAAGUACUGGGAUUUGUUAAAUCUCAUUAAAACUGUUAAGUAAAAAAAAAAAUCAGCAAUUGCCAGAAAUAUUUUAAAGGAAGAAGUAUCUCUGAGCAAUAUGUCUGUGGAUGUCAAUAAACAGGGAUAAUCAGAUGAAAUUAAAAGAAGACAYAAUCUGAAUUACCAGGAAAUGGC